AUGGACAGCUGUUACCAGCGUUUCCUCAAGCUCUUUGAGGAAUGGCCUUUGGAUGAGACCAAACAGGCCCGAGACUUGGGUGCUUACCUGUGGCAGCAGGUGGUGCAGGCCUUUUGUGAGGGAGAGAAAACCCAGAUUGCUAAGCCUGAGACCUGUGGCCAGAUGUACGAAAGCUUAGUAAGACUUCAUUCAAACUAUUACAAGCACAAGUAUCCAUGCCCAAGAGAAAUCAGCUUAAGUGGACUGACAGUGGAAGAACGCAGGAUUGUACAAGCUACAGAUACCUUGGAAGAAUUUAAGGAAAUGAACAAAGGCUUAUGGAAAAUACUUCAGGAUAAAUUUGCCACCAAGAGGUCAGAUUAA